GCAGACUUUAUAACGAAAUGAGCUUCUUUGGUUUCCGCAAGUGGCCCACUCCCGUGGCUAAGCCCCUGUGGCCCUUCAUCACCGCCGGCUUUGUCACGUACUACUUCGUCAACAAGCUGCAAGACAUGGCCGUCAAGUCCGAGAAAUACAAGAAUGACCCGCGCAACCCAUACGCUGAACAGAUCGCGAAGGAGGCGCAUCACUAGAAUGCUCAAGCGGAGUAGCUGUGUUUGACUGCGCGCGUGUACCGCUGGACGAAUAGACACAGAAAUUACUGCGAUCA